AUGAAAGCGGGCCGCGCAUUUGGUUGCCUCUUCUGGGCGUUGCUCUAUUGUGUGCUCUACCUGGACUUGGUCAACGCCAGCGAGGAGGAGCUGCUGGACUUUGAUUUCGCCGACGCCAAGGAAACAGAUGCCGCAGCCGGCAACGAUGACUGGCAGCUGGGCGAGGAGCAGCAGGCGGCGCAGCAGGCCGAAAAGAAGCUGGAAGAUAACAUGCUAGACUUUAGCGUUGACUUGGAUGAACCGGAACCGGAGAAGCAGCUGCCGCCAUUCGAUUGGCGUGAGAAGGUGCUGCGCACUGCACUGGCCAAGGCUCUGACGGAUCGCGUGCUGCGCCAGAAGUUUGCUGAGGUGAUGCCCAUACUGCGUGCCUUAUCCUCGCAGCAGCGAUUGGCACUUUCUGCAUUGAUCUCGGCUCAGAUGAAUGCCAAACAGGGUCACGAACUACGGCUCGACCAGGUUCGCAUGAUGUUUGGCGAUGAUAAGAAGCUGCUGCUGCCUAUCGUCUAUGAUCUGGCGAAUCUGGUAAAGAGCUCGGCGCGCAAGUACAUACAGCUAGGCAGUGACUUGGCAGCUGCUGCGUUGCGACAGACGCCGCUGCAGAAGCGCAAAGAUCUGUUUACUGAGGAGGAAUCAGAGCAGGACGACAGCGUGGGCACCAUAGAUGUGAGCGCCAAGCCGGCGGAUGAUCAGGAGCAGGCAGCUAGCUCGCUGGAGGACUUUUUCGAAGAGAUGCAGUCGGAGGUGCUCGAUCCACAGAUGAUCAAUGAGGCGCUCACCGCCGCCCAGCCACUGCCACAGUUGAAAUCGAAAUCGAAUGCAACUCGCGGCAAGCGUGUGCGACGCACAGCCAACGAAUUUGUGCACAAGCUGACGCGCUCUGUGCCCGUUUCGGUGAAUGAACAACAAUUGCUGGGCGGUGCAGCGGGGCGGACUAUCAAGCUGAACACCACAGCCUUCCAGCAGCCCAGUGGUGCAGGCACAACAACAAUAGCUGCAACCACAGCCGCCUCCACUCUGCCGCCCACGCCCACGCAGACGUACGAGGAAAUCGAAGAUCUCGCUUUUGCCGGCCUCAACGGCACCCAGCUGCCUAUCACUGCCGACGAGCGGCUCUAUGAAGUGAACAACAGCAGCAGCGCCGAGGAGCCGCUGCCUAGUCCCGAGGAGCUGAUAGCAGGUCCUCGCUAUCGCAGCCACAAGCGACAGCAAGCCAGUUACAAGAUGGCGCCAAUUAAGCGGAAGCGCGUGCAGAGCUCCCCAUACAGCCGCAGUCGACCCAAGACGUCGGCCAGCUCCCACAGUCCAAUUGUGGUGGGGCACAAGAAGUGCGAGCGCUUCACCAACAACAUGUGCAUACGUACCGACGACUAUCCGCUGUAA